ACCACCUUCCAUUCCCAUCUACGAUUAUUGUCUCUUUUUGGCAUUAAGUCACUCCUGGGUCAAACUAACCUGCAAAAUCUGUUCUAUUUGACGAGGACGAAUCAUCAGAAGCCCGACACUUAAGGGAUGAUUAUCUCAUCCAAUUUUAGAUAAGAGCAAAAACCACGUCAUUAUCAUAUCGCGAUUAGUUGUCAUCUAAUCUUCAUUUAGCCUUUCCUUGCCUUCUUGGCGUGUUAUAAAUACCCCCAUACAAUGCACCUAAAGAUUCGUAUUCGGACAAGAUCUAAAGCUCUUCGAUCUUUUACCCUCCGCUUCUUCACUCUGGUCGUCUUUCUUCUGUCCGAAUACGUUUUGAUAUAAAGCUUCUCUCCUUUGUCUGUCUUUUUCCACCCGGAGAGAGCUAGCGAAAGAUGCCGGCUGUUGUCGUGAGCCACGGCGGCCAAAUGCCCGAGCAUGACGGGAAGAUAACUUUCUACGUCAUUGUGUGCGUGAUCAUCGCGGCCUUUGGAGGGAUGUUGUUCGGAUACGACAUCGGAAUUUCGGGUGGAGUGACUGCCAUGGAUGACUUCUUGAUGAAAUUCUUCAUGAACGUGUACGAGAAAAAGAAGCGUGCCCACGAGGACAACUACUGUAAAUACGACAACGAGUACCUCCAGUUGUUCACAUCUUCGCUGUACAUAGCUGCUCUCCUAGCCAGCUUUGCAGCCUCAAGGGUGUGCUCCAAAUUCGGCCGAAGGACGACAUUGCAGAUUGGAUCCUUCUUCUUCAUCGUGGGGGUUGCACUCCAAGCCGGCGGUGUCAACCUUGUGAUGGUCGUCUUCGGCAGAAUCAUCCUCGGUUGUGGUGUCGGGUUCGGUAAUCAGUCGGUGCCUCUGUUUCUAUCUGAAUUAGCUCCUGCCAGAAUCAGAGGAGCUCUCAACAUUUGCUUCCAACUCUUCAUUACAAUCGGAAUCCUCAUCGCCGGCAUCAUCAACUACUUCACAUCCAACAUUCACCCUCACGGGUGGCGGAUCUCUCUCGGCUUGGCUGGCGUCCCGGCCGUGAUUCUCCUCGUGGGCUCAUUCGCCAUCUGCGAGACCCCAACCAGCCUCAUUGAGCGCAAACAGGUCGACCAAGGGAAGGCCACCCUGAAGAGGAUCCGCGGCACCGAUGACGUCACUGCCGAGUUCAAUUCGAUUGUUGCUGCCUGUGAGGCCGCAAGGCGAGUGAAGCACCCGUUCCGCAAGCUCAUGAAACCAUCGAGCAGGCCCCCUCUUGUCAUAGCCAUGUUGCUGCAGGUGUUCCAGCAGUUCACCGGGAUCAACGCCAUCAUGUUCUACGCGCCGGUCCUGUUCCAGACAGUCGGGUUCGGGAACAAUGCCGCGCUGCUCUCGACGGUCAUCACCGGGCUCGUGAACGUUUUCAGCACGUUAGUGUCGAUCUACACGGUGGACAGGGCUGGCCGGAGGGUGUUGCUCCUUGAGGCUUGUGUCCAGAUGUUCAUCACUCAGACUGUGAUAGGAGUGCUCUUGCUUCUACACCUGCAACCAACGGGGUCUCUCAACCAUGCCGAGGCGAUAAUCGUGGUGGUGCUGGUGUGCGUGUUUGUGAUGGGAUUCGCAUGGUCAUGGGGUCCGCUCGGAUGGCUGAUUCCGAGCGAGACCUUCCCUCUGGAGACGAGGACGUCUGGUUUCGCCUGCGCAGUGAGCUCCAACAUGCUCUUCACCUUCAUUAUCGCGCAGGCCUUCCUCUCGAUGCUGUGCCACAUGAGGGCCGGCAUCUUCUUCUUCUUUGCUGCGUGGAUCCUGCUCAUGGGGCUCUUUACAUUGUUCUUCUUGCCCGAGACAAAGGGCGUGCCUGUGGACUCGAUGGUCGAGAGAGUGUGGAAGCAGCAUUGGUUCUGGAAGCGGUACAUGAUCGAUGACGAUGAGAACGAUGAUGACGACGUCGUCAAAGGAUAAAGGAUGGUCGUGGUGGCUCGUCUCAACAUAUACCGAUGCCGGGUAGCUAAUGUACUUUUCAUUUGUUUCGCGGAAAAUGUAAAUAAAUAUGAGCAGUGAAAAGAAUAAUAGAGAAAAAGAUCAUGAAUUUUGGAUCUUUAGCCAUGUGAUGUAAUGCCUUGGGCACGAAAUGUUUCAUCAACUAGUCAAUCAACUAGUCAAUAUGAUUCGACGAGAUGUGUGUUUAAGUAACGGAAUCUAGUGAAUUGAAAGGAUCUUCUGAUCAAUAUUUCCCAGUAGUUGCUUCUCUGAAACCUAAUCUUCUGCAGUAACUGUUGUUGGAUCAAAAUUUCCUUGGAAUUCCUAGAACAAGAUAGACAGGACAACGAUACUCAACUGAAAUUUACUGCUUUAAGUCAUCAUCAACUCUCUUCAUGUUAGGGAACAUGUUCUGCCAAUUCAACAGAGAAGUUCGUUUGGAUCUAAGAUUGACAGGACAUGUCCUUAAAGUGCACGACAAAACUAAU